CUAUACCUGACGUCACGGGCUCUGCCUUCCACCUGCAUUGUGUUGAGUCCGGGGCUGGGUAGAAUCUGCUUUUCCGGGGACCCGCAUAGGGCCACACUGCGGCCUGCGAGCCAGCGACACACGAUUAGGGCAUGAUCAUCUAAACAUGGCGGGCAAUUCCACCAAGGAUUACUGCUACAGCGCGCGCAUCCGCAGCACCGUGCUGCAGGGGCUGCCCUUCGGCGGGGUCCCCACCGUCCUGGCUCUGGACUUCAUGUGCUUCCUGGCUCUGCUGUUUAUCUUUUCCGUCUUGAGGAAGCUAGCGUGGGAUUAUGGCAGACUCGCCUUGGUGUCGGACGUUGAAAGACAGCGGCGGCACCAGCGGUUCCGAGUGGAGCGGGAAUACGCCACAUCGGCCAUGCGCUCCGACAGCCACGACCAUUACGAGCGCCUGACCUCGGUUUCCAGCUCCAUGGAUUUCGAUCAGAGGGACCGAGGUUUGUGCUCGUGGUUGACGGCCAUCUUUAAGAUCAAAGAGGAGAUCAUCCUUGAGAAAUGCGGCGUGGAUGCCGUGUAUUACCUCUCCUUCCAGCGCCACAUCAUCGGCCUCCUCAUAGUGAUCGUCAUCAUGUCCGUCGGCAUCGUCCUUCCCAUCAACUUCUCCGGCAAUCUGCUGGGAAGCAGCGCGGUGAGCUUCGGGAGGACGACCAUCGUCAACUUGAAUUCUGGAGAUAACCUGCUCUGGCUACACACCACCUUCGCCGCCUUCUACCUGCUGCUCACCGUGUACAGCAUGCGCCGGCACACGUCCAAGAUGCACUACAAGGAGGACGAUCUGGUGAAGCGCACGCUGUUCAUAGACGGCGUCUCCAAGUACGCCGAGCCGGAGAACAUCAAGAAACACUUCGAGGAAGCGUAUUCCAACUGCAAGGUGUUAGACGCGCGGCCGUGCUACGAUGUGGCGCGGCUCAUGAACUUGGACAAGAAAAGGAAGAAGGCUGAGCGCGGCCGGUUAUAUUUCACUCAUCUGAAGACCAAAGAGAGCCGAACGUCCCUGAUCAACCCCAAGCCCUGCGGACACCUCUGCUGCUGCGUCAUCAAAGGCUGCGAACAGGUGGAGGCCAUUGAAUAUUACUCGCGGCUGGAGCAGAACCUGAAGGAGGAGUACAAGAAGGAGAAGGAGAAAGUGAACGAGAAGCCCCUCGGGAUGGCAUUCGUCACGUUCCACAACGAGGCCGUCACCGCCACGAUCUUCAAAGACUUCAACAUGUGCCAGUGUCACGGCUGCAGCUGCCGGGGGGAGCCCAAGACGUCGUCGUGCAGCGACUCUCUGCACGUCUUAAACUGGAGCGUGAGCUAUGCCCCCGACCCGCAGAACAUUUACUGGGAGAACCUGUCCACGCAGGGCUUCGUCUGGUGGUUUCGUUGUUUCCUCAUCAACGUUGUCCUCUUCAUGCUGCUGUUCUUUCUCACCACCCCAGCGAUAAUCAUCUCCACCAUGGACAAGUUCAACGUCACCAAGCCCGUGGAGUAUCUGAACAAUCCCAUUAUCACCCAGUUCUUCCCCACUCUGCUCUUGUGGGCUUUCUCCUCCUUACUCCCCACCAUCGUCUAUUACAGCACUUUCAUGGAGGCCCACUGGACCAGGUCCGGAGAAAACAGAACCACGAUGCACAAGUGUUACACCUUCCUGAUCUUCAUGGUUCUGCUGCUGCCGUCCCUGGGCCUGAGCAGUCUGCACCUCUUCUUCCGGUGGCUCUUCGAUAAGAAGUUCCUGGACGAGGCGGCCAUCAGAUUCGAGUGCGUGUUCCUCCCGGAUAACGGAGCGUUCUUUGUGAAUUAUGUCAUCGCCGCGGCCUUCAUUGGGACGGCCAUGGACUUGCUGCGUAUUCCGGGGCUGCUGCGGUACAUGAUCCGCCUGUGCCUCGCGCGCUCCGCGGCAGAACGCAAGAACGUGAAGCGGCACCAGGCCUUCGAGUUCCAGUUCGGGGCGGCCUACGCCUGGAUGAUGUGCAUCUUCACCGUCGUCAUGACGUACAGCAUCACGUGUCCCAUUAUUGUGCCGUUUGGAUUGAUGUAUAUGCUCCUCAAACACCUGGUGGAUCGGUACAACAUGUACUACGCGUACCUGCCGGCCAAGCUGGACAAGAAGAUCCACUCCGGGGCGGUGAACCAGGUGGUGGCGGCGCCGAUCCUCUGCCUCUUCUGGCUGCUCUUCUUCUCCACCGUGAGAAUCGGCUUCCUCGCUCCGACGUCGAUGUUCACGUUUGUGGUUCUGGUGAUCACCAUCGUCGUCUGCCUGUGCCACGUUUGCUUUGGGCACUUUAAAUAUCUCAGUGCUCACAACUACCAGGUCGACGACGCGGAGACAACCGCAGUGGAUGGAACGCGGAAUGGCCGCCCGCCAUCUAACGCCUCUUCAAGCAAGCUGACGAAAUACAUCGCGCAGGUUCUGCAGGACUCUUCUACUGAUAGCGAUCCGGCUGCGGAGCCGGAGGACGCGGGAGAACCCGGAUCCCAAGACGACGAGGUGACCACCGACAGCACCCACGACGCGGAGUUCCAGUCGUGCGAGGACUGCUUAAUAGAAAAUGAAAUCCACCAGUGAUUCGGGGUCCGAGGAGCAAGGACCGUCCCUAUGGCCUCCGCCAGGUGCUGUGCACCGCGUUCUCACACCGCUUCGGGGGUCCCUCUCCGUCUGCCCCUUAUCCUCGGCUCCUCCUGUCCCGGAAAUCUAUAGACGACAGCAGAGGACAAAAAAGCACGCAAACCCGGGACCCCCGAUCAUUUUGCUGUAAUAGACUAUUAGUUUGUGUGCA